GGUGCUGUAUCGACUGUGGCCCACAGUUGUCGCUGCUCAUCAGCGAUGAGCAGCUGACGCGUCUUUGGGACACACCGGACAGACGGACUGCCGUUGUUUUGCUAUACUUUCCUGCUGAGCUGAAGAAAAACACAUUUCCCUGUCAGGAAGAGCAAACAGACCAGUAUUUAGCCUAUAGAUUUUUAAUUUGGGGGCACCAUGGUGAAACAGCGUCGUGUCAGGACACACUCCUGUUUCGCAUCUUUUUCUUCCAGAAGAGGAUCAGUUAAGACUCUCACUGAGCCUGCCAUCUUUGCCAGGGAAACCAGCUGUGACUGUCGCGCACCUCAUGAAAAGCUUACCAUCGCACAGGCCCGCAGAGGCACCCCAGUGGACCGGCCUGUCAGAGUCUACGCAGAUGGCAUCUUUGACCUGUUCCACUCUGGGCACGCUCGUGCUCUCAUGCAGGCCAAGAACUUAUUCCCCAACACCUACCUCAUAGUAGGAGUGUGCAGCGAUGAGCUGACGCAUAAAUACAAAGGAUUCACAGUCAUGACAGAGCACGAACGUUAUGAAGCAUUGAGACACUGCCGCUACGUUGAUGAAGUUCUGAGAGAUGCACCUUGGACUCUCACACCAGAGUUCCUCGAGAAACACAAGAUCGAUUUUGUGGCUCAUGAUGAUAUCCCAUACUCCUCAGCAGGAAGUGAGGAUGUCUAUAAACACAUCAAGGAGGCAGGAAUGUUUGUGCCCACGCAACGGACGGAGGGAAUCUCCACCUCUGACAUAAUUACCAGAAUUGUCCGAGACUAUGACGUUUAUGCCCGACGCAAUCUUCAGCGUGGCUACACAGCCAAGGAGCUUAAUGUCAGCUACAUCAACGAGAAGAAGUACCGGUUACAAAACCAGGUGGAUCGCAUGAAGGAAAAAGUUCGCACAGUUGAAGAGAAGAGCAAACAUUUUGUUUACCGUGUGGAGGAAAAGAGCCACGACCUCAUUCAGAAAUGGGAAGAGAAAUCUAGAGAAUUUAUUGGCAACUUUCUAGAACUAUUUGGACCAGAUGGGACUUGGAAACAAGUGUUUCAGGAACGCAGUGGCCGAAUGCUGUCCUACGCUCUGUCUCCCAGAGAGUCCCCCUGCAACAGUCCUCCCCGCGAAUUGUCCCCACUCCGCUCUCCUUCUCCCCCAUCUCCGCCUGCCCGCUGGUACAACGCACGGCCAUCACCACCUACCUCGCCCAAAGGAGCAUCUGCCUCUAUGAGCAGCAUGAGUGAAGGCGAUGAAGAUGAGAAGUAGACAGACUCUUUAUAACACUUGCAAACACACACGUCACUCACAGUACACUGACUGGGAACUCCUCACAAAAACACAUAUGCACUGCUACAAAAACUGGCCAGAAACUGAGACAAUUCUCCUCAAAGAUGUUGCAAAUCUGCAAUGCUGACUGUCAUCAGGGGAAAUGUACCCCUGAGCAGCAGAGCAAAGAAGCCAUCACCAUUUCUGUCAUCUGGGCAAUCAAGCAGAAAGGUGGAAAAGGAAGGAAGAUAAGGAGGUUUGAUUUACUGUAUGUACUCCAUUUCUCUAAGAGAGACAAGAAUCCUGUGAAAAUCUGUCAAAAGGACUUGCUUUGGAUUGUCCAGCACUGAUAAGAGACUCAAACAGCCUGCUUAUAAUAUCACUGCAUUGAUUUUUGUCCUGUUUUGUCAGUAUGUCAUUUUUGUUUUAGGAUAUUAGGUUUUUGUUAAGUACUUGGAUCAAUAGAUGUGGAUAGGCAUGUGGAUAGACACAAAGGUCCAGAAAUACUGUCUUGACUUUCAGCCAUGCAAACUAGAACUGGUUUCAAUAUGGUUGUCAUCUUCUGCUUAAAUGAUCCACAAAAACUAAAGGAGAGACACUACACCCCCUAAAACAGCAGAGGUGACACCACUGGGGAACCUCUUUGCAUUCUAACACACUGUGCUAGUUUACCCCCAUUUUUGCAUAAAUGAUUGCCAUAAAAUGUAAUAACUUAAUCCCAUUUUUCAUUGACCACAGAUAUGCACAUUUAAAAAUUAGUAUCUUAGCAGCCUGCCUAUUCCCAGUGAAACCCCAACUAAUUACAGACAACAAAAGCACCAUCAUAAACAUAACUUUAUAACUUGUAUGUCUUAAUUCUGUUCUAAAAUUGAUAGAGGAGCCAAGUUUACCAUUUAUAGAGCAGCUAAUAUGGUAAAUACAUGUUUUUCAAAGAGGUGAUCAUGAGACACAAAAUGACCCUUCACAUGAGCUUUUUGAAUGUAACCUGAGUGCUUCAAAUGCAUCUGAAAUUUAAAAGAAAUCAGUUUAAUCUAAAGUGGAACAAACUUACAAAUUCGCCAGCUCAUAAAUCCAUCUUCUUUUUACAGUUUUCUAUCUUCCAUGAUUAAGUGUCAGGUAGACUAUGACUCUGAAAUAUGAUGUCCACUGUCAAUACUAACUUAACAAACUGAUGAUACUUGAAAUAUAUAAAAGAAAAUGAAGUCAUCCAAGAUGAACCAUCAGCCUGUCAAGAGCCUGAGCAUUUGCUCCGUUUUUGUUGCCCUUACUGGAAAUGUGUGUACCAAUUCCUAAGUUCAAGUCUGUUCAUCCACACCAGGUGAGAAUAGACUCUUCUUUCACACAUACAAUCCAGUUAAUACGCUAAUGCAUUUAUCCUGUAUGCACUACAUGUUAAUCUGCACUAUAUGUGAACACUUUGGAAAUAUGUGUCCUUUUUUUUUAUUUUUUAAUGUUUAAAUAGCUUGACAUGUAAAUAAAAAAGCAUAACAAAGUGGGUAGAUCACACACAGUUUUAUUUAUUGUAAGUUGGUAUUGUAAGUUGAUCUCUUGCUGAAUCAUAAUAAUACAGCUCUGUCAUUUUUUUUUUUU